CACUCAUUUGUGAACAUAAAAUAAUACACACAAAAAAUAUUCUCAUGGAAGAAAGUGGAAAUGCAAUUGGGUUUCUUGAGAACAAGACCAUUUUGAUCACUGGUUCCACUGGGUUUCUAGCAAAGAUUUUGUUAGAGAAAAUACUUAGGAUUCAACCAAAUGUGAAAAAACUCUAUCUACUGCUAAGGGCAACCGAUGAAACUACAGCCAUGCAACGUUUCUGUAAUGAGGUGAUGGGGAAGGAUUUGUUUAAAGUGUUGAAGAAGAAAUGGGGUGCAAAUUUGGACAGAUUUAUUUCAGAAAAAGUUAGCGUUGUAUCAAGUGAUAUUUCAGUCUCAGAUAUGGGAUUAGAAGAUUCAACUUUGGUCGAAGAGAUAAAGCAUAAUGUACAAAUAAUCAUUAAUUUGGCUGCAACGACCAAAUUUAAUGAAAGAUAUGAUGUAGCACUUGGCACCAAUACCUUGGGAGCUAAACAUGUUGUCAACUUUGCAAAGCAGUGCCCUAAUUUCAAACUUCUUGUUCAUGUAUCCACUGCAUAUAUCUCAGGAGAAAAAGAAGGAUUUAUCUUAGAAACCCCACAUAAAUUGGGAGAGUCUCUUAAUGGGACUGAAGGAUUGAACAUUGAAAUAGAACAAAGAAUAAUAGAACAAAGAUUAAAGCAACUUAAAGCUAAUGGAGCUUCUGAAAAAGAUGUAACAAUAGCCAUGAAAGACUUGGGAAUCCAAAGGGCAAAUGAAUAUGGAUGGCCAAAUACAUAUGUAUUUACCAAAGCAAUGGGUGAGAUGCUGAUCAAUGACCUAAAACACAAUCUACCUUUGAUUAUUAUACGACCCACCAUUGUUACAAGUACUUACAAGGAGCCUUUUUCGGGUUGGAUCGAAGGCAUGAGGACCAUCGAUAACUUCAUUGUUGGAUAUGCCAAAGGAAAACUAACAUUUAUUCCUUGUGAUACCAAUUCAAUUAUUGAUAUGAUUCCUGCAGAUAUGGUAGUAAAUACGAUUAUCGCGACGAUGAUGAUGCAUAAACUCCAACCACCUUAUCAAACAACAAUAUAUCACAUUGGUUCUUCGAUGAGAAAUCCUAUAAAACCUGGUGAUUUACUACGUUUCACUUGUCAAUACUUUAUUAAAAAACCAUGGUUCAAUGGUGAUGGAAAUGCCAUCAAGGUCAAGGAAAUCACUACCUUCAACAACUUCGCGAGCUUCCAUAGAUAUAUCACAAUUCGUUACUUAAUUUUUCUCAAGGUUUUGGAAUUGGUGAACAAAGCAUCAUGCAAUUGUUUGGAAGACAAAUAUAAUGAUCUCAAGAGGAAAUUAAAUUGGGUGAUGAGACAAGUUCAACUUUAUCGUCCAUAUUUCUUCUUCAAAGCCAGAACUUUUCUGAGUCUUGGUGAGAGGAUUUUGGCUAUGAUUUUGUACAAAGACGUUGUCAAACUGAUUGAUUUGAUGACACCAACUUAGAAAAAUUGGGAAGGGCUACACAACACAAUGAAACAAAUAGAGAGACACUUUUUUUUGACCCAAAGGAUAUCAAUUGGGAAAAUUACUUCCUCAAUGUCCACAUUCCUGGCCUUGUUAAGUAUGUCCUCAAAUAGAGUUAUUAAUUCUACCACUCUCUUACUUUUCUUUUUUUUCUCUCUUAUCAUAAAAUUAAACGUCAAUCUGUAAUGGUUAAUUUAUUUAUAGAGACUCGAACUAUCGAUUUGAGUUAUAAAAAUUGGUUCCUUUUCUGAUUUAUUCACGUUGUAAAAUAGCCAACACUUUAAAUGAUGUUUCACUUUUAAUUAUUAUUAGUGUAACCUCCCAUGAAUAUAUUGGUUUU